AGUUCAAAUGAACACGAUAUUCAAAAACUUCAAUUUCAGUUUUGUCAAUGGACCCUCGUAAAGUAAUUGUCUGUGACAAUGGCACAGGGUUCGUGAAGUGUGGGUAUGCUGGAGACAAUUUCCCCGCUCAUAUAUUUCCAUCAAUGGUUGGUAGGCCAAUCAUUCGUUCACAGGAUAAAUCAAACACUGGAGGCGUUGAGUUGAAGGAUGUCAUGGUUGGAGAUGAAGCAUCCCAAAACAGAUCUCUUCUAGACAUCAAAUAUCCUUUGGACCGCGGAAUAGUUCGAGACUGGAAUGAUGCGCUUAUUUUAUGGGAAUACAUUUUCUUCACAAAAUUGGGUAUACAGCGAGAGAAAAUUAGCGAAUAUUACAUUUUGCUAACAGAACCGCCUCAGAACCCGAAACAGAACAGGGAAAAAAUGGUUGAAAUUAUGUUGAAACAUUUUGGAUUUGGUGCUGUUUAUAUUGGAAUCCAAGCCGUCUUAACAUUGUAUGCACAAGGAUUGGUGACUGGGGUCGUGAUGGAUAUCGGAGAUGGUGUGACACAUAUAUGUCCUGUGUACGAAGGUAGAACCAAUCCCAAUACAGUUAAGAGGCUGGAUAUUGCCGGAAGUCAUAUCACGGACUACCUAAUUAGAUUAUUACAACUGCGAGGAUACGCUUUCAACAAGAGUUCCGAUGGCGACAUUGUGAGAGAGAUAAAAGAGAAAUUGUGCUACAUCAGUUAUGAUACACAAGAAGAGCAAAAGCUAGCUGAAGAAACUACAGUCUUAGUUGAACAGUACCAACUAGAAGAUGGCAGAAAUGUGAAACUGAGCAGUGAACGAUUCCAAGCUCCGGAAAUAUUAUUCCAACCACAUUUAUUUAAUGUUGAAAAGGCGGGUUGUGCGGAGCUGCUGUUUGAAUCUGUGAACCAAUGCGACAUGCAAAUCAGACUGGAGAUUUUCAAGCAUGUGGUUCUCUCUGGUGGAUCUACUAUGUUGCCCGGAUUCCCCUCCCGCCUGGAGAAGGAGAUCAAACAGCUGUACCUGGAGAGGACUCUCAAAGGAGACAAGUCCAGACUAUCGAAGUUCCGCGUGAAGGUCGAGGACCCCCCGAGGCGGAAGCACAUGGUGUUCCUGGGUGGGGCAGUGCUUGCCAACAUCAUGAAGGACAAAGUGGAUUUCUGGAUCACGAAAGAAGAAUUCAGCGCGGGUGGCAUGGAGGGAAUCAGGAACAAACUCACUCCUCCAACUGCUGUUUAAUUAACGAAAAGAAAAGAGUUCUUAGAAAGAGGAGCCUAUAAUUCAAACAAAACACAGAUGAACUGACACCUAAAUGAGGCAACAAGAAGGCUAGCAUUCUUUAAAGAGUAGUCUUGUAUCGUUUCUCUAUAUAAUUCGAUUCUAUCUCGCCAAGCAAAGCACCGCUUCAAUUUUUCCAUUUCUUGAUUGUACCGAUUUAUUGAUUUACUCCUAGACCUAUCUAAUUGCGACUUGAGUUUCGAUGAUUUUGAUAUCUGGAAAAUCAAUUUAAAAUGUAAUAUUGGUUAGCUUGGCUGAAAUUAAUCUAAUUUAUGCACAUUGGGUGAACCGCUUAAUUUGAUAUAAUUUCAUCCAGCGUCAAAAUUUCAUCGCUGAUUAUGUUUUUGUUGAAUAAUGUUAUUGAAAAUAUUGAUAAAUUGUACCAAAAUUUUGCCUUGUGAGCUUAAAUGAAUCAAGUCAGAUGUUUUCUAGCCAUAUUUUUGUACAUACUUUCCAGAUCUUUAUCUUACUAAUUAUGAUGUAAUUAAUGCUAUUCAAUUAAGUUUGUUGAAGUCAUCAAACGUCUCUUUUGCAAGCUACAGAAGUAAUAAAUGAUUGAUCUGAGAGCAAUCGAUGUGAAGAAAAUUAACAACUAGUUUUCUCUUGCUUUUUAAA